AUGGUAUCGAAAUUAUUACUUACGGUGAUUGUGGCAUUCAUUGCCUACGUGCAAAGUGAAAUUACAGUAAAGGUUUACAACGAUUAUUGGAAAUCAGAAGAAGCAGUUAUUCCAUUAAUAGAAAACCUAAAGAGUGUUAUCUCCAAUGGAACCUACAGGGUGGAAAUUGAAAACCAAACCAUUCCUAAAUUACCUAGAGGAGUGUUAGAAGGUGUGACUAUCACCGAGCUAAAACUCAAGCAUAACCAAUUAAAAGAAAUUGAGCCCGGUGCGCUGCAAGGAGCCCACGUCAUUAGAAUUUACUUCGAUCACAACGACAUUGAAACUGUCAAAAAAGGCGUCUUCAACGAUAGGUCAUUGUGGAAGCUUGGUCUAUCCAACAAUCAGAUUUCCACCAUCGAGGAUGAUGCUUUCGACACAUUGGAUGUAAAUUCUUUAGACCUGAGUGGCAACAACCUUGAAAAAGUUACAGCAGGUAUAUUUCAUAAUACUAAAGUUGAAAGCUUAUAUUUGAACAAUAACAAAAUUAAAAAAAUUGAAGUUAAUGCUUUAAAUCAAAUACCAAGCCUAUCUUACGUUAAACUAAGUAAUAACCUUAUUAAAAAUCUUGGAGAAAUUUUCUCUAAGUUGGAUACUGUAACUAAUCUGGAUUUGGCCAACAAUACAAUUGAAAGUCUUCAACCAAACAGUUUUGCUGGUUCCAGGCUUAACGGAUUAUAUCUUCAAGAUAAUUAUAUAAAAGAGUUAAAAACAAACUCUUUUAAUGGCCUAAAUUUAAAUUUUUUAAAUCUUAGUAACAAUCAGAUUUCGUCAAUAGACAGUGAUGCUUUAGCUGAUCUGCCAGGACUUUACUCGAUUAUUCUCUCACACAAUAAUAUCGGAAAUUUAAAACCAAAAUUCCUUAAAGGUAUAAACUCACAACAAACAGUUUUGUCUUUAGAUAAUAACAACAUAGUUGAUGUAGAGCCUGGAUCAUUUGACGAAAUUGAAGGAAACAAAAUUUCAAGAAUUGAAGAUGGAGCACUUGAAGACUUGGUGUUGAACAGUCUUACGCUCUCCGAAAAUUCACUUAGUGCUCUCACAAAAGAAGUUUUCUUUGGAGCUAAUAUCAGUACUGUUAAAUUGGAUAAAAACCAAAUUAGUAAAAUUGAAGAGUCUACUUUCCAUCAAAUUAAUGGACUAAAAAUACUAGACCUUAGUAAUAACCGAAUUGAAGAUAUUACAAAUCUCUUUAGCCAUUUAGAUUAUCUGAACGAUCUUAACUUGGACAACAACUUAAUUAAAGUACUUAAACCAAACAACUUUGCAGGUUCAAAAAUAUCUACUCUCUCUAUUAAUAACAAUCAGUUGGUCCAAAUUGGUAAGGGAGUUUUUAAUGGUGUUCCAUUUAAAUCUAUCUCUCUUAUUAAUAACUUAAUCUCUACAAUCGAAGAUGGCAGUUUUGCCAAUAUAGAAGAACUUCGUAACUUAAAACUUGGAAGCAACAAAAUUGGCGAUUUGACUCCUGCUUCUUUGGGAACACUAAACAACAAGGAAUUAGAAUUAAGUCUUGACAAUAACAGUAUUUCUAAUAUUGAACCCUAUUCAUUCAGCAAAGUUACAUUACUGUCAUUAAAACUUCACAACAACUCCUUAACAGCUAUUAAAAGAGAUAUGUUUAAGGGCGCAGAAAUCGGUUUCAUUAGUUUGCCCAAAAACCAAAUUUCUAGCGUAGAAGAAAACGCUUUUGAAGAUGUUAAGGGACUGAAUUUAAUUGAUUUAAGCUUUAACAAACUACACGUGAAAGGAGCCGAGAUCAAAAGGAUUAAGUUAGAUCACAAUAACAUUCAAACUAUAAAAAAGGGUGUAUUUAAUGACAGGUCAUUGUGGGGUCUUGACCUAUCUAAUAACCAAAUUUUCAACAUCGAGGAUGCAGCUUUCGACAACUUGGAUGUUAAUUCUCUACGCCUGAACGACAACAAUCUUGAAACAAUUACAGCAGGUAUAUUUCAUAAUACUAAAGUUACACUAUUAGAUUUGACAAAUAACAAAAUACAAAAAAUUGAAGUUAAUGCUUUAAACCAGAUACCCAGCUUAUUUUACAUUGAACUGAAUAACAACCUUAUUAAAGAUCUUGGAGGAAGUUUCUCCAAUUUGGAUACUGUAAUUCGGCUUAAUUUGGCCAACAAUAAAAUUGAAGCUCUUGAACCAAAUAAUUUUGCUGGCUCCAAGCUAAAUUCAUUAUAUCUUCAAGACAACUAUAUAAAAGAGAUAAAAGCAAACUCUUUUAAUGGCUUAAAUUUAAAGUCUUUAAAUCUUAGUAACAAUCAAAUUUCUUCAAUUAACAUUGAUGCUUUCGCUGAUCAGCCUGAGCUUCACUCGAUUAUUCUCUCGCAUAAUAAUAUUGGAGACUUGAAGUCAAAAUUCCUUAGAUGUAUCAAUUCUAAACAAUCAACUUUGUCUUUGGAUAAUAACAAUAUUGUUAAUAUAGAGCGUGGAGCAUUUAACGAAAUUGUGGUCAAAGAAUUGAAAUUACAAGAAAAUAAAAUUGAAGUUGUUAAGAAAGGAGUUUUUAAUAACAAGAAUUACAACGUCCUCAAUUUGGAGAAAAACAAGAUCUCAAAAAUUGAAAAUAGCGCAUUUGACAAUUCAGUAAUAAAUACUCUUAUACUUUCUGAAAAUCAACUGAGUACACUUAUAGGUUAUAUGUUCGUUGGAGCUAAUAUAAGUAUCGUUAAUUUAGAUAACAAUCAAAUUAAGGAAAUUGAAGGUUUUACUUUCGUUCAAAUUUAUGGUUUGAAUACUCUGGAUCUCAGCAAUAACCAAAUUGAUAACAUUACAAACCUAUUUAACUAUUUGGAGCAUUUAACCGAUCUGAAUUUGGACAACAACUUAAUUAAGGUACUUAAUCCAAACAGCUUUGCAGGUUCCAAAAUAUCUACUCUUUCUAUUAAAAACAAUCAGUUAUUAAAAAUCAAUGGCAGUUUUACUGAUACAGAAGAACUUCGUACUUUAAAACUUGGAAGCAACAAAAUUGGCGAUUUAACUGCUACUUCUUUGGGAACACUAAACAACAAAGAAUUAGAAUUAAGUAUUGACGACAACAGUAUUUCUAAUAUAGAACCUCAUUCGUUCAGCAAAGUUACAUUACUUUCAUUAAAACUUCACAAUAACUCCUUAACGGCUAUUAAAAGAGAUACAUUUAAGGGCGCAGAAAUCGGUUUCAUUAGUUUGGCCAAAAACCAGAUUUCUAGCGUAGAAGAAAACGCUUUUGAAGAUGUUAAGGGACUGGAUUUAAUUGAUUUAAGCUUUAACAAACUACAAGUGUCAGUUAGUUCCAAUUCAAAACAAAUCAAUUUUGUUGUGAAUCGUGGAGCUGACUUAAGUAAAUACAGUAGUGAAACUUUGGGCAAAUUGAUUCAGGCGACAUUCGACAGUCAAGUCGAGUUUUAA